UUCAAGGAUGCGGUUCCUUCUUCCUCUCCACAUCCCAUCCGGUCUUUUCGCCUGGUUCCUCUUCUUCUUCGCCUCUCGUUGAUCUCCCAUCCAAUCAUUGCUUCGAUCAUUCCACUCAGCCACUCUUUUGGUAUUCGGUUCCUUGACUUUACCUUCGCCUCCCUUCUUCCCUCCCUUGCAUGUCGCAGCCUCUCCUUCCUGCCUUUCCUUUACAUACCACACAGAAUCUUUCUUUUCACUCAGUACUUUGAUCAUCGACCGGGGUAUUAUCCACAGGUGACAGACAAUAUACCGUGGUUCACUCCGUCGUCGUCGGCCUCAUGAGCCACCAUCAUGGCCUCUCUAUCGGAUGCGCCGCCUCACGCUCAGUCCAUCCGCCGGUCGGUCACGCUGCCCGUCAGCUUGACUGCGAGACCCCAUCGUCGCUCCGUAUCGUUUCAGCCCUCCGAGAAUGAUCUCUUCUACCAUCCGGCCGCAAAGGUCGUCCAUUUCGCCCCCAGAGCCGUGGCCCCGAUCCCGUCGAGUACCGCGCCGUCCGACUUCGACUAUCCCGUCGACGCCGUCGAGACGCUGCCGUGGCGUUCGCCGACUGAACGGACCGUCGCGUUUGCGCCCCUCCGCUUGGAAAAAAUACACGGGUUGGCGGUUUUCCUUAAGUGCGGCAGCGUCGUCCAUGCGAUCCUCAAAAACUCCCAGUGUUGGUGCGUGGACGGCGAGUCGACCUUUGUCCUGCGCAUCCGACCGUUGACUUACUACCGUAUCGAGUUGCCGAAUAUUACGGAGGAGGACAGAGGAUAUGUUACGGCGUUGAAGACCGCGCUACCGACCAUCUUACGCUACGAGAUCACUCCCUGCCCCUUCAAGCGCGGGUUCACGGUCCCGAUCCCCGAGGCGGCCAAGGCUCCGCGCCCAAAGAAAGCGUGGCGUCCCAAAGGGAGGCGAGAGAGCGCACCGAUCUACUCGCUCCCGACGCGGGAGAAGAGCCCGGCACGGGCGAUGGCCGAGCUGGCGCCGGAUGUGCUGAGCGCCGGCGAGGAGACGGAUGGCAAUUUGACCGAUGAUAGCAGCCUCUUGACCCGCGGCAGCAAUAGCACCCUUCUCGAGACCAUCCCGGACGACAAUGAGGCUAAUGAGCCCUCUCUGGAACCGUCCGCGGGUGCGCAAUCCACCCAUCCCCAUACGAAUCCAGCCCCCCGGGUCGCAGAGCCCCUGCGACGUUCGGUGUCAGAAGCGCAACCGAGUUUUCCUACCUUGCUGGCAAGGUUUGACGACCGCUCGGAACGCCCCGCCGUCCCUGACCUGCCCCUUGCGUCCAGCGUCGAGCCGUUUCACUCCCUCGAGCCUCGAUCCCCUCUCGAGUCCGACUCCCCGUCGGAAAUUUCCGCCCCCGUGUCGUUCGGCGAGACUACACCGCCUCCGGACGUUCCGCGGGGUGCCUCGGAGAACCCCUCAGGUGGCCUGAAGACCCUACUAGAGGUGGAUGAUAGUGAACGGUUUUUCUCUGCCCCGCGCGAUUCUCCCCACUGCCACUUGACUGCGACCCCGUCGCCGGUCGGGAGCUCGGAUCGCAAAUCGUCGGUUUCGGCCGAGUCGACGCGCAGCACCGAGUCGAACCCGUACCUGAGCGACAUGAGCGCCGAGUUCCGACGGCGGUCACGGGCGUCGCGAGCGCGCGAGGUGUCUCCGAUGCCGCCACCCUCGAUUUUAGUGACCAGCGGGGCACCGGACCCGGAUGCAGAGUCGAUUCUGCACAAGACGUGCACGCUCGUGCUGGUGCCCCCUAUCCAGCUGCUGAUCGUGCUCCUCCACAUUGCCGCGCGGAUUGUGAUCGGGCCCCAGGGGAAGGGGGCGAUCGGGGAUUUGGACCGCAAGUUUGAAUGCCAGAUCACGAACUCGCAAGAGGCGGUGGAUGACUUCGACCUGCCGCUGGCGCUGGACUGUCCGCGACGGGGAUCGGAGGGACCGCCUGAUCCGUGGAAGUUUGACUGACCUUCUCUCUCUUUUCCUUUCAUUUUUUUUCUUCUUCCUUUCCCCUUCUUUCCCUCUCUCUCUCUCUCUUUCUCUCUCUUUUCCUUUCCUUUUUCAUCCUCUUCAUUUUCUCCCAACGUAAAGUUGUAAUCUGGAUUUCUACUGCAUUACUGUUUUCUGGCGACUUGACGCACCUUGUACGAUUUUGAGAUUCCCCGGUGUUUUGUUGGAUUGGGAUAUGGAUCAACGGUGAUUGUGCAUCUGCAUACAAGAGGAUUCCGCUGUAUUUUAACGCCUGACGAAUAAAGCUGCUCUAUCAAGA